UCGAUUCCUUCUAUGUUAUUGCAAAAUUGUACACGCAUGUCCCAUGCUUUAUGUCUCUUUUUCGGCUAUUACUACAUAUUUCUUUUGGCCAGAAACACUGGCAAAAAGAAAAAGCAAAAAAUAGUAGUGUUAACGAAGCAUUGUUGAUAGCUUCAAUUAAAAAUAUUUUUCAAUCAGUUUUAUCAAAAUAUAAUCAUGCAAUUUUAGAGGGAAACACCUGCUUAUGGACUGGCAAGGUGGAAAUGAGUUAAAUUCUGAUAUUACAAAUAAUGGACAUAAUGAACUAUUCGAUUUUGCCCAAAUUGGGGAUGAACAUUUUUCAAACGAAGAUAGAGAACAACAUUGGCAUGCUUUAAAUUGGAGGAUGGAUAAACUUCGAUGGAUGCCUGAAGAAGAAGCCGAAUCAACUAUUGUAGCUAGUGAUUACCAAUGUCAACCACAAGGUGUGGACAGUGAAGGAAGUUCUUACAAUGCCCAUGCAAAUAUGUCUGGGGACGGAGCUUGUGAUGAUGGGUUAAUUGAUGGUUCAAUGGAUAACGAUCAAGAAGAUCAGCCACCUCUAGGGAGUGAUGAUGAAGAACAGGAAGAUCCAAAGGAUUACCGAAGAGGUGGUUACCACCCUGUAAGAAUUGGUGAUGUGUUCAAGAAUGGCAGAUAUCACGUUAUAAGGAAACUUGGAUGGGGACAUUUCUCAACUGUUUGGCUUUGUUGGGAUAUCGAAUCAAAACGUUUCAUUGCAAUGAAAAUUGUUAAAUCUGCAGAACAUUAUACUGAGGCUGCUCUAGAUGAAAUUAAGCUUCUGGAAUGUGUUAGAGAUUCAGAUCCUUCUGAUAUGGCACUGCAGCGAGUUGUCCAAUUGUUAGAUCAUUUUACUGUUAGUGGGGUGAAUGGGGUACAUGUCUGUAUGGUUUUUGAGGUUCUGGGAUGUAAUUUACUCAAAUUGAUUCUAAAAAGUGAUUACCAAGGAUUGCCAAUACCAAUGGUUAAAAAGAUUAUAAAACAAGUUCUUGAAGGACUUCAUUAUUUACACGAAAAGUGCCAGAUUAUACAUACGGAUAUCAAGCCAGAGAAUGUACUUAUAACAAUGAGUCCUGAAGAGGUUAAAAAGUUAGCUGAAGAUGCUAUAUUGGCAGGGAAGACAGGCAAAAAUUUGUCAGGAAGUGCAAUUUGUAGUUCAAAACGGUGCUUUAAAAAGGAAUCUAUGACUAAAAGCAAGAAAAAGAAAUUGAAAAAGAAGCGAAGACGCCAUCGAAAUCUUUUGGAACAGCAACUCAAAGAAAUUGAGGGAAUGAGCGUUGAUAUUGAUAGUCUAGAUUCCGGUCGAAAUUUUCUAUCAGUCGAUGACCAACUUAACAGCUCUGCUUUUUCAUCAACCGAGCGUGACCCGGAUAAUAGUGAAACAACAACUGGACUUCAUUUGAAGAGUGAAGACUCAAAUGAUGAUGAACAGAUUGUUAAUGAACAAAAAGCAACGAAUCUCAAAAUUUUUGAUGAAAUCAAAAUCCCACGCAUUUAUUUAAAUCAAUUUGCUCAAAAUGAAAAGGAAGGAGUGAAAGCAGUUAUUAAAAAGGAAGUAAAGGAAGAAGAGGCUGGAGAAUCCAGAAGAGAGGAAAAUCAAGCUGGAAUUAAUGGGAAUAUUAUUUCUAACAAUAAACAGCAACAACAAGAAAAGCCAACUAAGAAAAAUUCUGUUGGAAAUAAAAUACUGCCAGAGAAUAAUAAUCAGGAGAAUAAUAAGGAGAAAGGACCUCCAGAAACAGAACCAAAAAGAACAGGAAAGAAAAAGAAGGGAAAUAAUGCAAAAAACAAGCAACAAAAUCAACAACAAGAAUCUGCUAAAAAAGAAAAAAGAGACGAAUCCCCAUCACCUCCAAUUAAUAGGGAUGAAACGGAUGAUUUAAUUGAAGGAGGAAUAAAUCCAAAAAUUAAAAAUGACAAUCCCAAAAAACAAAAUGUGAAUACCAAACAAGAACAAAAUAAACAAUUGUUUAAUGGAGAAUUGUUGAUGCCAAAAAUUGAAGUUAAAGAAGAAAUUAUUGAAUCACCUCAAAAGGAUGUUGAAGAAAAUGAAGCAAUUACGAAAACUAAAAAGAAGAAACGAAAGAAGAAGAAACAAAAACAAUCUUUGGAGGAAUUGGAAGAUGCAAGAAUGGAUGAAUCAAAUGAGCUUGAAAGUAAAGAAAUUAUAAAGCCUGUUUUAUCUGAGGAAGCAAUUCUAGAAGAUGAUCAAUUAAUAAAGGAAAAAAAUGAAGAGGAGGGGCAAAAUUGGAAAUUUCUUCGAAAGGAUUUUGAUGUAAAAAUUGCUGAUUUAGGAAAUGCUUGUUGGACGCAUCAUCACUUCACUGAAGACAUUCAAACUCGUCAAUAUCGGGCACUUGAAGUUAUUAUUGGAGCGAGUUAUAACCAAGCUGCCGAUAUUUGGAGUAUUGCAUGUAUGGCAUUUGAAUUAGCUACUGGCGAUUAUUUAUUUGAGCCACACAGUGGUACAACAUAUAGUCGAGAUGAAGACCAUCUCGCGCAUAUUAUUGAGCUUUUGGGCAGCAUUCCGCCAACUGUAUUUAAAAAGGGUGAGCACUGGCGUGAAUUCUUCCAUAAAAACGGUCGCUUACUGCAUAUUCCCAAUUUAAAGCCAUGGUCGCUUGUUGAAGUGCUAACACAAAAAUAUGGUUGGCCAUUUGAACAUGCACGUUCUUUUGCCUCAUUUCUCCUUCCAAUGCUUAAUUACGAACCUUCAGAACGAGCUACCGCUGGUCAAUGUUUAAAGCAUAAUUGGUUGAAAGGAGUUGAAUAAUGUUUAAAAACUUUAAAGAAAAAAGGAAAAUUGUGGUAAUGAUGAGCGCAUUUUGAUUCUUCAUUUUUAUCGUUCUCUGAAGUGAGGCAAACUCAAAUAAAUACUGAAUAUUUUAAAUUCACAAUUUUUCUCUUUCUUUUUUUUUAAUUUUACAUUUACAUGGGCAAGGACAAAAAAAUUAAAAAAAAAUGUUUAUUUAAAAAUAGCAGAAUAUUUUUAGCUACUUUUCUUGUUUAAAAGUCCCCUUUUCUUUUUAACAAGUUCGAUUGUCUAUUGUACUAUAUAUACUAUUACUAUGCAUUAUUUUGUAGAUUGAUUGGUAAAACAAAGCCGAGACUACUUUUUUUAAGUUCAAAAUACUUUUAAUUAGUAUAUAUUUUUUAAAUUGUUUUCCAAUCAAUGAUUUUAAAAUAAAAAUUUUUGGAAACUUAUUUGUUAGGAAUUUUCCCU